UUCCGGCGUAGGUUCCCUCUUUCUCUACAAGAUGGCGACCCCAGCCGUUCCAGCGAGUGUGCCUCCCGCCACGCCGGCGGCAGCUCCAGCCUCGGCCGUCACCCCAGCCCCGGCUCCGGCCGCGCCAGCUCCAGCUCCAGCGCCGGCUGCGACUCCGCCCGCAGCCCCAGCUCCCGCCCCGUCCUCUGACCCAGCGGCCGCCGCAGCCGCUCCAGCCGCUCCGGGCCAGACCGCGGCCUCGGCGCAAGCCCCAGCGCAGUCCCCAGCGCCCUCGCUGCCCGGGCCCGCCCUCCCCGGGCCCUUCCCCGGCGGCCGCGUGGUCAGGUUGCACCCGGUCAUUUUGGCCUCCAUCGUGGACAGCUACGAGCGACGCAACGAGGGCGCUGCCCGCGUUAUCGGAACCCUGCUGGGUGAGUGAUGGGGAAACGGAGGUUCCUGCAGU